GUCAUUCUGGAUAAUGGCAAACUCCCGGAGGGAAUUUCCAUCUCUUACAAGUCAAUCUGUAAGAAUAAUGUCGUGGGAACGGGAGAAAACGGCAGGAAGUGCUCCAACAUCUCUAUCGGAGACGAGGUUUACUUUGACAUUUCCGUGGAAACUCAGAAGUGUCCUUCAAAGGGGAAAUCUGAGACCAUUACGAUCAAACCGCUGGGCUUCAAGGAGGAGGUGGAGGUCACACUAGAUUUCAUCUGUGACUGCGAGUGUGCGGCUGCCGGAGAGGCCGAAAGCCAGCGGUGCAGCAGCGGGAACGGGACCUACGAGUGUGGAGCCUGCAAGUGCAACGAAGGCCGCAUCGGCCGGCUGUGUGAGUGCAGCAAAGACGAGGUCCGGACGGAGGACCUGGACGCCAACUGCAGGAGGGACAACGGCACCGACAUCUGCAGCAACAACGGCGACUGCGUCUGCGGCACCUGCGAGUGCAAAAAGCGCGACAACCCCUCGGAGGUUUACAGCGGAAAGUACUGCGAGUGCGACAACUUCAACUGCGACCGCUCCAACAACAAGCUGUGCGGAGGCCACGGGCGGUGCGAGUGCAGGAAGUGCGUGUGCGACCCCGACUACACGGGCAGCGCCUGCGACUGCUCCCUGGACAACUCCACCUGCCUGGCCAAGAACGGCCAGAUCUGCAACGGCCGCGGCACCUGCGAGUGCGGCUCCUGCAAGUGCACCGACUCCAAGUUCCAGGGACCGACCUGUGAGCUCUGCCCCACCUGCCCCGGAGUCUGCACCGAGCACAAGGACUGCGUGCAGUGCCGGGCGUUCCAGGCCGGAGACAAGAAGGACGAGUGUGAGCGGCAGUGCAGCUACUUCAAGCUGAUCAAGGUGUCCGAACGCGACAUGCUGCCCCAGCCCACGGACCAGAGCUACCCCCUCUCCCACUGCAAAGAGAGGGACGCCAACGACUGCUGGUUCUACUUCACCUACGCCAUCAGGAACGAGACCAAGGAGGUGGUGGUGGUGGAGAAGCUGGAGUGCCCGACCGGCCCUGACAUCAUCCCCAUCGUGGCGGGGGUGGUGGCGGGCAUCGUGAUGAUCGGCCUCGCCCUGCUGCUCAUCUGGAAGCUGCUCAUGAUCAUCCACGACCGCCGGGAGUUCGCCAAGUUCGAGAAGGAGAAGAUGAACGCCAAGUGGGACACGGGCGAGAACCCAAUCUACAAAAGCGCCGUGACGACCGUCGUCAAUCCAAAGUACGAGGGCAAAUGA